AUGAGUUGGAGUUUCCUGACUCGCCUGCUGGAAGAAAUCCACAACCAUUCCACAUUUGUGGGCAAGAUCUGGCUCACCGUCCUCAUUGUUUUCCGCAUUGUGCUGACGGCUGUAGGAGGUGAGUCCAUCUACUAUGACGAGCAGAGCAAGUUUGUCUGCAACACAGGCCAGCCGGGCUGUGAGAACAUCUGCUACGAUGCCUUUGCUCCACUCUCGCACGUCCGCUUCUGGGUCUUUCAGAUCAUCCUGGUGGCCACACCUUCACUCAUGUACCUCGGCUACGCUGUCCACAAAAUUGCUCGGGCAGACGAGCAGGCAGAGAGCGGAGGAGGAAGCGGCGUGUCCCGCAGAAAACCCAAGAAGCACUAUCUUAAAGGAAGAAAGCACAACAGGGGCAUCGAAGAGCCUGAGGAUGACCAAGAGAAAGACCCCAUGAUCUAUGAAAUGGCAAAGGUGGAGAGUGAUCGCAGCGGAGCCGCUAAAGGAGACCGUGGUGACGGACAAGCAGCAGUUAAAGUGCGCCAUGAUGGGCGCCAGCGUAUCAAAGAAGACGGCCUGAUGCGCAUUUAUGUCCUUCAGCUCUUGGCGCGCUCCGUGCUGGAGGUAGCGUUCUUGUGCGGGCAGUACGUCCUGUAUGGAUUCGCGGUGCCCUCCACCUACAUAUGCUCAACCCUGCCCUGCCCUCACAGUGUGGACUGCUUUGUGUCACGGCCCACUGAGAAAACUAUCUUUCUCCUCAUCAUGUACACGGUCUCCUUUCUCUGUCUGUUAGUCAAUAUUUGGGAGAUGCUUCACCUGGGCAUAGGUACCAUCUGUGAGAUUGUACGCUCCCGUCGGGUGCAGUUCUCUGACGACGAGCUGUACGGACUGACAAAGGGACCAGGCGCUCUUAACGAGACAGGACUGAGCGGAGAGGACUACAGCAGCUACCCUUUUUCAUGGAAUGCACCAUCAGCUCCACCAGGGUACAACAUCGCCAUCAAGCCUCUUUUGGUAUCUAAAGGGUCCCAUGACCAUCCUCUACCCAUUACCGAUCUCACUAACGCCAAGAUGGCGUGCCGACAGAAUCACGUGAACAUCGCCCAAGAGGAGCGUCAGCAGUACACCAAUAAUGAAGACAACUUGUGCAGAGCAGGGAUGGGAGACGCCCCCGGAGGCAGCCACAGAGACAUCCGCCAGCCUCAGAACAGGCUAGAGGCCGACAACCAGGCCCACAGCCAGCAGCAGAGCCACAGUAACAACCACAGCAGGCCUAACCGUGACCGUAAACACCGGCACGCCUCCAAACACACCCUGAGCAAGGCCGACCCAGACAGAGGCAACAGCAGCACCGGCAGCAGCUGCAAAUAUGGAGAGAUAAAGGGCUCAGAGUGGAUCUGA